AUGUCGAGAGUUACACCUCCAGUUACCAAACUCACUCGUGCACUACGAGGGAUCAGCUCGAGUGCAACUGCAGCACGCCCAUCUGGACUUCUUGAUGCACAAUCAAGAGCGUCGAGGCACCUACCCCGGAAUAUCGAAGAUCUCAGAGCUGAAUGCAAGAAACGAUCCUUGAAUGUGGUCGGCAACAAGAAUGAGCUGGUCGACAGACUCACAGCCCACGACAUCGUUGGCGCCCGUUCCUUCAACACUGGCAUUCUGCACCGGCCCACUCCCUCUCCCCUCAGAACCAUCCCCCUCAUGCAAGGCUUCAAGACCUCAGCCCCCAAGCUUGACGCCCACAACACCUCCACCAUCGACUGCUUUUUCUUCCCGGCCCUCGAGCCCGCUCCCCAGACCGAUUCCUUCCACGAAAUCCGUGUCCCGCUCCUCCCAGAUAACUACACUCCGGACCGCUCCGCUUUGUCAGGCCAUACGCUCGAGGCCUUCGACGGGGCACUCCCAAGGCCCGAAAUCAGCAUCGUGGCUGCGCAUCCCGAAAAUGUCGCUCCGGCCGCUAUGAGCGAAGUCGUCGGCAAUGAGGCCCUCGAUGUUGAUAUUGAGCAGCUGACCACAUCGGCGUUCACGAAACCCAUGCCCAGGAUGAACAAAGAGCCCGGUGCCUUGGGCGAGAUCUGGGACGGGUUCAUGGAUGACAUUCUUGGGCCUAAGAACCCCAGUGCUGCGUUUUAG